AUGACGGGUUUACGGCUCCUGCCUCUACGGGCACGGAAAACUUCCAUUCUGAGACUCUCGCGAUUCUCAACAUCAUCAAGGAAGUCUAGCUAUGCGGACACCCUUCCGAAUCUCAAGAUAGGAGCGCAUACAAGAGUCUUGUUUCAGGGAUUCACAGGUGCAUUCUGGAUUGCGUGUCAUUCGGCGGCUACUGCCAAUGUCAAGGAAUCCCUCGCAUGGGGUACGAAGAUUGUAGGAGGUGUAAAGCCCGGCGUGGAGGGUGAGCAUCUUGGACUUCCUGUAUUUCCUUCAGUGCAAGCGGCUCAAGAAAGGGCCAAGCCCGAUGCAUCCGCCAUCUAUGCCAUGGAAGAGGCGAUUGAGGCAGAGAUUCCGCUUGUUGUGGCUGUAGCGGAGCAUGUCCCCAUUCAUGAUAUGCUUCGUGUUCACUCUAUGCUGCAGACCCAGUCCAAAACCCGACUGGUAGGAGCCAACUGCCCCGGGAUUAUCUCUGCAAUUGGCAAGUGCCGGAUCGGAUUCCAACCUUUACCGUGUUUCUCCCCUGGCAAGAUCGGAAUCGUAGCUAAAUCAGGGACACUAAGCUACGAGACUGUGGCAUCGACGACGCGCGCUGGACUUGGACAGAGCCUGUGUAUCAGCAUGGGCGGAGAUGUACUGGCGGGAACCAAUUUCGUCGAUGCGUUGAAGGUCUUCGAGGAGGAUCCUGACACAGAAGGUAUCAUCUUGGUGGGCGAGAUUGGCGGGACUGCGGAAAUUGAUGCAGCAGAGUGGAUUCGAGACUACAACAAGAGGGCUGCUAACCCAAAAGGCCCUCCUGGUCGGGUCAUGGGCCACGCCGGCGCUUGGAUAGCUCCUGGAGAGCCAGGUGCAGUGGCCAAGCACAGAGCUCUCGAGAGCGCUGGAGUGACAAUGGUCGAUCACCCAGAAAAGUUUGGUCAGGGUAUGAAGGCGCUUUUAGCUCGCAGAACCCUGACGAGUGCUACGCCUAUCAGUUCUAGCAGCCAAAAAAGAGGCCUGCAUACAAUGCGACGUCUCCCGCAUGGUAGUAGCCGUGUGUCGUCCUGGUCAAUACAAAAGCGAUCUCUCUAUGUCAAGGAAUUUCAGGCUCUCGAGAUGCUGAAGCGGAAAUCUAUCUCGGUGAACGAGGCAGCUCCUUCGGAUUCAGAGGUCUUGCUCACAAUGACAGUGGACAGAACAGCGUUGUCGCCCUGCAUAGUUGCUUCUACAACACCUGAUCUUGCUCAAGCGUCUUCCACUAGAUUUCCAUUCGCUUACACAACGCAAAAGUUCAGUAGUGGCAGCCCAGUCCUCGAAGCUGUUGCCUCCCACCUGCAACUUCCAGAGACAGCACGCGGGAAGUUGGCAGAGCUUACGCAAGCUCUUUGGGAGAUCUUCAAGGAGAAGGAAGCCUACCUACUGGAAGUCCGGGCCAAUUUCAACCAUGGUGAGAUGCAAGUUCGUGGUGCGCGUUUCGGGUUUGACGAUGCGGCGUUCCGGAGCUCUGGACGUCAAGAAGAUGUGCACCGACUCAGAAACAAGGAAGAAGAGGUUCCUGAAGAAGUCGAAGCGGAAAAGGACGGAAUCGUCUAUGUCAAGUAUGUCUCAGCUUGCAAGAUAGCAGCCUACAUCAUAGUCAAUGGCGCGGGCCUAGCGAUGAACACCGUCGAUGCCCUGUCCAUCCACGGCGGUCACUGCGCCAACUUCCUUGACACAGGGGGCAAAGCAACUUCCGAAACAGUCAAAUCGUCCUUCCGGAUCAUUCGGUCUGAUCCACGGGUCAAGGCCAUUUUCGUCAAUAUCUUCGGCGGCCUAACUCGGUGUGACAUGAUCGCCGAGGGGAUUAUCAUGGCCUUUCGAGACUUGGAAAUGAACGUCCCGGUGGUAGUACGGCUGCGGGGGACGAACGAGGAGCUCGGACAGAAGAUGAUUGCCGAGAGUGGGCUUCCCCUGCACGCCUUUGACAGUUUUGAGGAUGCGGCCAAGAAGGUGAUCAGCCUGGCCAGGAGUACUCAGUGUUGCAAUCUAAGAAUAGUAAAGUGA